AUGGCGGACGCACCCAAGGACAUGGUCGAGAGCGUUCUCCCAACACGAUGGAAUCGUGACUUUGAAAAAAUUGCCAAUGAUCUGUGCCCAAAGCUGCGCCGAUGGGUGCGCACGCCUCAACGAAUCAUCGAUUUCGACGCAGACGAAAACCAAUACUUUGGCGUUCGGGCCGUGCCUGCAAAGUACUCCAUCGACCAGCUACCAUCGAAGACUUGGGGGAAAGGAGAUGACUUCAUUCUCGACUUCGGCAUUCACAUGGUGGGAUACGUAUCGAUGAAGCUUGAAUCUCACGGUUCACAUAUGGACGCCCCAUGCCGACUGCGCCUCACGUUCGGCGAGUCUCCCCUAGACGUGACGCUUGGCAUGGACAACGUCAAGACAUGGAUCAGUACUAGCUGGCUGCCGGACGAGAUCAUCAAUAUCGAUAUGUGCCCUGAGCUCGUCUCUUUACCUCGCCGCUACUCGUUCCGCUUUCUACGAGUAGAAAUCAUUGAUACGUCCCCUAAAUACAAAGUCGCCUUCUCGGACGUGAAGUGCGACUGUGUCAGCGCCAUCAGCCAAGACCAUUGUCUGGAGAGUUUGCAGUUCCACGAUGCCUUACUUCAGAAGAUUGAUCAUGUCAGUAUUUCGACGUUGAGAGACUGCAUGCAGACGGUUUUCGAAGACGGCCCGCGAAGAGACCGACGACUUUGGAGCGGUGAUCUUCGGCUUCAAGCUCUCGCAAACUACAGUACUUUCCGGGACUUCAACCUCGUGAAGAGGUGCAUCUUCCAAUUCGCCGCGGUAGUUCGCGAAGAUAACUCGGUACCGGCCUGCAUCUUCGAGCAACCCCAGCUAACGCCGUCAACGGACUAUAUCGUGGACUACGACGCACUCUUCGCCGCUAUAGUCUACGACUAUGUGGUGGCAUCUGGAGACAAAGCUGCGGGUCAUAAUCUCUGGCCUACAGUACUCGGCUGUGUCAAGCGGGCAAUCAGUCAUUUAGACACCACUACACAUGCUUUUGAUGAGACCAAGGGAGACGGAUGGAAAUUCCUUGACUGGCAACCUGGCUUGGAACACAGCGCAGGACUCCAUGGCGUCCUUCUCUUCUGUCUAAAAGCAGCUAACGCUUUAGCCAAACUGCUCGUAAAGGAGGUCCCUUUUGCAGACCUUGUAAGCCAGAUGACCGAAGGAGCAAAAGUAUUCCUCUCACCAGACAAAUUUUUCGUGUCCGGACCCACGGCCCAGAUCAGUUUCGCCUCGGCAUCUUGGCUUGUUUUGGCCGAGGCUUUCCCACAGGAUGUCGCACAGACAGCGCUGCUCAACACACUCGCCCACCCGGAUGCCGUUAAACCCCUUACGCCUUACCUAUGGCAUCACGUUUGCGAUGCUCUAGCAACUGUUGGGUGUUUCGAAAAGUGCGUCGAGAUCAUGACGAGCUACUGGGGAGGAAUGGUACGAGCUGGUGGCGAUACCUUUUGGGAGUGUUUCAAUCCCGACGAUCCUCGCGCAAGCCCUUAUGGCGAUGUGAGGAACAACAGCUUCUGUCACGCCUGGAGCUGUACUCCCACUUACCUGUUGAGAGAGAAGCUAAAGGGCUUCAUUGGGGUGAAGAGCAUCACUUCAGUAACUAUGGGCGGCCUAGAUGAGGACUGGAUCAAGUCUCAGAUCACCGCGUCAUGA